GUGCACCAAGAGAGAGCAGCUAAGGAUAACCGCGAUAGACCUAUCAUAUUGUCAGUAUUUUUCCGAAGCGAAGGAAGCUAAGGAGCAGGAUGAUCUAGCCUCGGAAUCUAAAGACAAAACCACGAAUGUAAUUCCGUUACAUUCGUCAUCGAGCGCGCGCAAAGCCCGCUGAGUUUUUCGCCUCGACACCCGUCUCCUCUUUGAGAGAUAAGUUCCCAUGCGAUUCUUCAGACUCACAUUCAAGUGUUUCGUAGAUUGUUUUUGAAGGUGCUCUCAAAUUCGGUGAUUUUCUUUGGGGGCAAGUGUCCUUUAUUUUUUUAUACACCUCAAAUGUAAUAAACAUUUAAUUCUGAUCUCCGUCUCAUCGUUGCGCGUUUGACAUUGCUAUACGAUAAUAGAGAUACAAAUUAUACCUAUUCAAGUGACUUAUCAUACCCUUAAAUUAAAAAGGGGAAAUAAAUCAGAUCCUAUUCCCAUAGGAUUGCCAGAAGAAGAACAAAGGACCAUCUUCGGGUCCAGAGAAAUCGACCCGAACGAAUAAAAGCUUAAGAAAGCUGUAUCUAUUGUCCUGAAUCGUCACCGAUCUUUUCACUGGUUUCCUCCUCGGUGUUAGUGGGAAAUUGAGGGUGCAUUGUUUACAAGUGCGUAAUUGGCAUGGAGAAACCUGCAUUCGAAACUGACUGCUGUGCUGUGAACGUGGUCCUCGGGGAGGAGAAAAAGGGUCACCUCAUUCCGAACGGAAACGGGCACCAAGCUGGCGUGAACGGAAGCCUCAUUGGUGGAACUGACGGGGCAGGAUGCGGAGCCACACCUGGCACGAUGUCGUCAGUAGAGAAACCAGUGCCAGGGUAUCCCGAACGAGAGCAAUGGACCAGACAGAUGGAUUUUAUCAUGUCCUGCGUCGGCUUCGCUGUAGGGCUGGGAAACGUCUGGCGCUUCCCUUACCUAUGCUACAAAAAUGGUGGAGGGGUGUUUCUGAUUCCCUACCUCAUCAUUGGGGUUGUUGGGGGAAUUCCUAUAUUCUUCCUGGAGAUUGCAUUGGGACAGUUUAUGAAGGCUGGCAGCAUCAACGUGUGGAACAUCGCACCUCUAUUUAAAGGACUGGGGUAUGCCUCCAUGGUCAUAGUGUUCUUCUGUAACACCUACUACAUCAUGGUCCUAGCCUGGGCCUUCUACUAUUUCAUCAAGUCCUUCAACGCUACCCUGCCCUGGUCCACCUGUGACAACCCCUGGAACACGCCCAGCUGCAUCGAGAUCUUUCAUCAUGAAGACUGCCUGAAUGGCACCAUUGGCAAUACUACCUAUGGCAACAUGACAUGUGAGGAGCUGGCAGAUGGGCGUUCUCCCAUUAUUGAAUUCUGGGAAAACAAGGUGCUGAACAUCUCACAAGGGCUGGACUACCCAGGAUCCAUCAACUGGGAGCUGUUGCUGUGCCUGGCGGCCGUCUGGGUGAUGGUGUAUUUCUGUGUGUGGAAGGGGGUGAAGUCCACAGGCAAGAUUGUGUAUUUUACUGCCACGUUCCCCUACGUCGUCCUGAUCAUCCUUCUGGUGAGAGGGGUGACUCUUCCUGGUGCCUACGAUGGAAUCAUGUUCUACAUCAAGCCUGACUGGUCCAAGCUUGGCGAGGCACAGGUGUGGAUUGAUGCUGGCACACAAAUCUUCUUCUCUUAUGCUAUUGGGCUUGGAGCUCUCACUGCCCUAGGCAGCUACAACAGAUUCAACAAUGACUGCUACAAGGAUGCCUUCAUGCUAGCUCUAAUCAACAGUGGCACCAGUUUCUUUGCUGGCUUUGUGGUGUUCGCCAUUCUAGGCUUCAUGGCAAACGAGCAGGGAGUGGACAUCUCCCAAGUGGCUGAAACAGGUCCUGGCUUGGCCUUUAUUGCGUAUCCUAAAGCUGUGACUCUGAUGCCAAUGCCCCCGGUCUGGGCUGCUCUCUUCUUCUUUAUGCUGCUCGUACUGGGUCUUGACAGUCAGUUUGUUGGAGUGGAAGGUUUUGUAACUGGGAUUCUAGAUCUGUUUCCUGGAAAGUAUUACAUGCGCUAUAAGCGGGAAAUCUCUGUGGCAAUCUGCUGUUUAAUGUGCUUUAUUAUAGAUCUCUCCAUGGUUACACAGGGAGGGAUGUAUGUCUUCCAGCUUUUUGAUUAUUACUCUGCCAGCGGUAUGACCCUGUUAUGGCAAGCAUUCUGGGAAUGCAUAGUUGUCAGCUGGGUCUACGGUGCUGACAGGUUCAUGGAUGACAUUGCUCGUAUGAUUGGUUACCGGCCUUUUCCUUGGAUGAAGUGGUGCUGGUCGUUUAUUACUCCAUGUGUUUGCAUGGGUAUCUUCCUAUUUCACCUGUUCAACUACAAGCCUCUUACCUACAACAAUACGUAUGUGUACCCAUGGUGGGGUGAGGUGAUUGGUUGGUGCAUGGCUCUGAUGUCCAUGCUCUGUAUCCCUGUCAGCGUGUUGUACAAGCUCUGCAGGGCCACGGGAACCUUCAAGGAGCGUUGGGAGAAGCUGACUAAACCACAAUGGGGUCCCCAUCACCUUGAAUACAUGGCGCCUGAUACUGACAUAAAGAGCCUGGCCUCCCUCUCUGCCAGCACAGAAGACAACAAGGUUAUCAUCUUUGAAAGUGGUAUGUAGGCUGUAGCCUACAGGAAAGCCUUUGACAACAGUCUAAAGACCAGAUGAUAAUUUAUGUAAUAAUUGAUGUAUUCAUUUGGGUUGAUGACACAAUCAAAAAGGAAUCACCUGGUAAUUAUGUGCAAAUAAUUCGAGGAUGCAGAUAAUGUACACAGACGGUUCUCAACACCUAUACAAAAUCAAUUCACAACGGUCUAUUGGACAGUCGAUCAUUUUCACCUGGGAUGUUGAUAAUCAAUGUCCUGAUUGGUCCAUUCUAUAUACAGGUGCCGUAUAGUCUU